GUACAUACUCUUGGAGAAUGAAGGUGGCCUUCGUCAAGGAGCUUGCUCAUGACACUAAUGAUUGUUAAAGCAGAGAAGAGCCUUAUCUGUGGCCGUAGUUAUGUUUCCGUUCAUGCUCUGCUGAAAUAGCGUUUGUGCCGAGUGUGAGCCAGGGAGAGUGCGAGUGAGCACGGGCGCGGCCUGACAUUUACAAGGGAAGAGGCGGACAAUGAGUGCAUUGGCGGGUUGUCGCAGUUUCUGUUUUCUUUAUAUCCUUUAUCCUCAAAUUGCAACCUCCCCCUCAUCUAGUUCCUUAAAAAAUGUGAUACUUUAGGGAAUUUUUGUCGUAGGCCUCCAUUAGGACAUUGAAGCUUUCUUUUCCCCCAUAGCAACAAAAGGCAGAGAAUUGUGUUCUUGUUUUUGAGAGGUGGGGCUGCUCAGAUACUUGUACCCAUGGCUAAUGGUUAUAAUCCAACAGUCGCAUAGCCAGGAAUUGGGUUUUCAUGUUCUGAAAAUAAAAAUGUAAAAUUAAAUGUCUUCUGAUACUGUGCCAGCUCUAAAAAUGUCUUUAUUUGUUCUAGCCAAGUGUUUCUUAAAUAAUUAGAUCAAGAAAAUAUCAAGGGGAACUUGGGUAUGAAAAAUGGAAUAAUCUUUAAUAAUGUUGUAAGGUAUUCAGUAUAUUUUUUAUUAUAGUUAACUUUUUAUGUGCCCUGUUUCAAAGAGGCUGGAAGUGAUUUUUUUUUCUUUAAAUAUCAAGACAAGGCUAGAAAGGAAUAAUAGAAUUUAAGCUUUUUAAUGUAUGUAAAAGGCAGUGUUUGCAUCAUAAAGACAUUUUUCUAAGUUUAUUACAAUAUUUUGGGAGUAAUUCUCUGAGCAGUCAGAUCCUUAAGUGUAUUUGAGAAACAAAAUAGAAUAAUCUAGAUUGAGGGGUAAUCUCUUUAAAGUGCAUCUUAUUCUUCCCUAUAUUUGAACAGUUUGUCCAAAAUGCAAUCCGUUCAUGUAAGAUUUUUGCCUGUUCAGAUCUAAGUGGGAAUCAGUAGUUUCUUUGUUGGUUACUAUGGAAACGAGUCAGCCUAUCCUGAAUAGCUCUUAGAUCACACAGAAUGUUGCCUGUGUCUCAGUGUACUUCCUCCCUGAGCAAGCCAAGGCUGGUUUCUCUCUGCCUCCAACUCUUGCCCCUGUGGAGCCAGCACCAUGCAGGUGCAGGGUGAGCCCCGGAGACCCUCAGCCGUGCACUUCCUGAGCUCCUUUCUGCAGGGCCGCCGGCACUCUACUUCUGACCCGGUCCUGAGGCUGCAGCAGGCACGCCGUGGCUCUGGCUCUGCCACAAAGCUGCUGUCCUCCUCUUCUCUCCAGGUGAUGGUGGCUGUGUCCUCUGUCAGCCGAGCCGAAGAGAAACCAACUUUCCCAGAGAGGAAAAGAAAUUCAGAACGUCCAACACCGAAAUAUACAAAAGUGGGAGAGCGUUUACGGCAUGUCAUCCCUGGACACAUGGCAUGUUCCAUGGCAUGUGGUGGUAAAGCAUGCAAGUAUGAGAAUCCAGCCCGCUGGAGUGAGCAGGAGCAAGCUAUUAAGGGUAUUUACUCGUCCUGGAUCACUGACAGUAUCCUGGCCAUGGCUCGCCCGUCAUCUGAGCUUCUCGAGAAGUACCACAUCAUCGAGCAGUUCCUCAGUCAUGGCAUAAAAACAAUAAUCAACCUGCAGCGCCCUGGUGAGCAUGCUAGCUGUGGGAACUCUCUGGAACAAGAAAGUGGCUUCACAUACCUUCCUGAGACGUUCAUGGAGGCUGGCAUUUAUUUCUACAAUUUUGGAUGGAAGGAUUACGGUGUAGCAUCUCUCACCACCAUCUUAGAUAUGGUGAAGGUGAUGACGUUUGCCUUACAGGAAGGAAAAGUAGCCAUUCAUUGUCACGCAGGGCUUGGCCGAACAGGUGUUUUAAUAGCAUGUUAUUUAGUUUUUGCAACAAGAAUGACUGCUGACCAAGCAAUUAUAUUUGUGCGGGCAAAGCGACCCAAUUCCAUACAAACCAGAGGACAACUGCUGUGUGUGCGGGAAUUUACUCAGUUUCUGACUCCUCUCCGCAGUAUCUUCUCUUGCUGCGAUCCCAAAGCACAUGCUGUCACAUUAGCCCAGUACCUAAUUCGCCAGCGUCACCUGCUUCAUGGUUAUGAGGCACGACUUCUGAAACAUGUGCCAAAAAUCAUCCACCUGGUCUGCAAACUGCUGCUGGACUUGGCUGAAAACAGGCCAGUGGUGAUGAAGGACACGUUGGAAGGACCUGGACUCUCUGCUGAAAUUGAGAAGACUGUGUCUGAGAUGGUCACAAUGAGGCUGGAUAAAGAGUUACUGAGGCACAGCAGUGAUGCCUCAGACGCAUUUAACCCUACUGCAGUGGUGGCAGAGUUUGAGAAUCAGGAUGUGAUUCUUUCCACCGAUCAGGAGUUUGACCCCCUUUGGAAGAGGCGGAAUGCCGAGUGCCUUCAGCCGCUGAAUCAUCUGAAAAGGCGACUCAGCUAUAGUGACUCCGACUUAAAGAGGGCCGAAGCUCUCCUGGAGCAAGGGGAGACUCCAUGGACCGUGCCUGCGCAGGACCUGCUGGGCCACACCCUCCAGCAGCAGAAGCCCGCCAGACACCAUUAUGUCCCACCAUCUCCAGAGCUAGAGCUGCAGAAGGAGGCACUGGUUCGCAACACGUUUUCUUUCUGGAAUCACUCCAAGUGUGGGAGUUUGGAAGGACCCAAGGAUAAUGAAUCACCGCUUUUCUGUAGGAGAGACAUUCCAAAGGAAAUCCAGCGAAGUCGAACCUUCUCUGUGGGUAUUUCAGGCUCCCGCAACCCUGGGGAACCAGUUACACCCAACCUUGCAAAUGCCCAUCAGGAUGUAAAUCCUUCUCAUCAGCGAGUGGCCCACUGUCGUGAACCACACAGUGGGUGGGGCCCCGGCUCUGUGGAGGAGGAGGGCAGGACUUGCUGCAGCCCUCCAGACUGUGGCUUCAGUCCCAAGACACAGUUGUUGGUUGAAACCCAGGACAGCAAAGGUCUAUCUGAAGCAGUGCCACGUGCUGACUUGCCAUCUGAACUGAGUGUUGACGCAAGGAGGAUACUGGCAGCCAAAGCCCUGGCAAAUUUAAAUGAGUUUGUAGAAAAGGAGGAAGUGAAAAGGAAGGUAGAAAUGUGGCAGAAAGAACUAAAUUCCCGAGAUGGAGCUUGGGAAAGAAUAUGUGGUGAGAGAGAUCCUUUCAUCCUAUGUGGUUUGAUGUGGUCUUGGGUGGAGCAACUAAAGGAGCCUGUAAUCACCAAAGAGGAUGUGGACAUGUUGGUUGACAGACAAGCAGAUGCUGCCGAAGCCCUGUUCUUAUUAGAGAAGGGACAGCACCAGACUAUCCUUUGCGUGUUGCAUUGUCUAGUGAACCUGCAGACAAUUCCCAUGGAAGUGGAGGAAGCUUGCCUUGCCCAUGCCAUUAAGGCUUUCACUAAGGUUAAUUUUGAUUCUGAAAAUGGACCAAUAGUUUACAACACUCUGAGGAAAAUAUUUAAGCACAUUUUGGAAGAAAAAAGAAAAAUGGCAAAGGACAGCACCAACCCAGGCCUCCUGUGAAGCUGAAUUUUUUCUCAUGAUGAAUAUUUUAGAUCUAAAGAUCAAGAUAGCAUUUCUGUUCAUAUGUGAAUAAGCUGAAGUUUUUCUCAUAGCACUUUAUUUUGAAUGUUGUUGGCUUGUGCUAAGAAUGAUUAUUCUUAUUUGGAGCAAUUAUUUAUUUUAAAAUAUCCUUGAGCUACAUCUUAGUCUUGAAAAAUUGCCAUAAAGUCGGUGCCACCUUCUUUUAUUUAUUUGGCUGAAUUGAUAUUGUUGUGUUAACAUUUUAAGUAUGUGUGUUUACAUCCUUAAUUCUUUUUGACAUUUUGGGAAAAAGUAACUCCUCUUUCCAAAACAUUUAUUUUCCUGAUGGAACUUUUCCUAGAAAUUUUACCAUAUAGAUAAUUUUAGUCAUAAAACCUCACUGUGUAUGCAUCACCCUGGACACAUGACCUAAGAAAAGUCACCAAGUGUCUUAAACUGUUUUAUAUUUGUUACUAAGGAGGCUAUUAAUACAUUUUUAAAGGACUUUUUAAAACUUUGUUUGAAAUUUCCUGGUUUUUCUUUUUAUAAAUGUGUCAAAGAGUUUCAAAGUGUAUUAUUUUUCAAAGCAAUUUAGUUUUACUUUAGUGGAUAGACUGUGAAGUGACUGUGAUUUUUUUACUUGUAGAAAGUGGGCUUGCCCUUUGUUGGGCUCCCAAAUAACCUCUCAGCCUUGGCCGUCGCAGGAAGCAGGAGCAAUUCUCAACACACCAGGCCUUAUUCCCACUCCCUGAGUUCCUGCUGAGCCAAAUUACACUUCACAGAGGAAGUGGGAUCAGAGUGGGCAGUGUGGGAAGUUUCUAAGGAGUAGGACUUGCCUUUGUCCUCCUAGGGACUCCACAGAAAGCACAGUCGUGCUGGGGCAGGGCUCCAUGCCAGCCCUGCUCUCUCCAGUUCCAACAACCUCUCUGCAAAGGCGACUCAGAGCCAGAAGCGGUCAGGGCUGGGCCGGCCUGCUUGUGCUAAUACCCCAUCCACACAGACAAUGGCCCAGCACAGGCCCCACACUCCCAAAUGGUGUGUGGCUUUCACAGGCCCACUUGUCUCAGGCCUCUGUCUUUGGCCGCUUUUUUACUAUGAGAAUUACCGUUUUGAAAUUGAAUUUGAUCCCAGGUUGCAUUCACCCUAACUGGCUUCAGAUAAGAAAGGGUGACUGCCCAAACUCAUGUCUUAUAGGCCAAACUAUCAAUCAGCACUUAAAGCCAUAAUUUUUAUUUAAAUUAAAUUAAUAUAUGGGAGUAGAAAAGGCCAAGCCAUGGAAAGGAUGUUAAUUUUUUGAGCAAAAGUCAUAUUAAUCAGACCAAUUUCAAACUAAAGAAUCUACUACUUAAUUUUCAAGAUGGAAUUUCAGGGGAAGCAAGACUAAUUUAAAAUGAAUGAAAUUUCUCUAGCUCCUUCAUUUCUGAAUUAUGGGUCUAGCACAUCAGAAAAUAUUUUAGUUAUUAUCAGUCUCACUAACUCCAAUGGCAAAGGCUAGCUGUGGUCUUCUUCCAUACUGUUUGAAUUUUCUUAGGAAAUCAAAUUCAACAGCCAUUGACAAACCGGCUUGCCCACUCCUGAAAUGUCCCAUGUUGCAAGUGCCUACCCUUGGAAAGAAGGAAAGGAAGCAAUCGCAUUUUAUCCAGAGUUACAUUAUAAAAAUAAGAUUUUUACCAAAAAAAUGCUUGUCCUUGCCUCCAUCAACCUCAGUGGGCAAGUGACACCACAGCGCUUUUUUUCGUGUCGUUUUUUGACCAAAAAAAACAGCUAUUUGCCUGUGUGUCCAAAGUACUUGUUUCAAAUUAUUGAAUAGUCAUGUUUUGACCACAGCACUGCACAUCUGGAAAUCCAGGUACACUAGCUAUGUACAAGUGUUGUAUUUAUUUGAAUAAAAGUGAAAAGAAAAACCCAUAA